AUGUCGUCGACUCUGAGGACAACAUGUCUUGGACUCCGAGAUACCUUUAAUGGAGGGCUCCGAGGUGAUCAGUUGGGUUGUGCUACCCUUUGCCAAAGAUCUCAGCGUGCUACAAGAGCACAGAACUGGUUGAGGUUGCAAAUUAUUGUAACCUUUGAAGCCGAGGAUACGUGGUACGUGAUGAAAACUCCGAGGUGCCUUAACGCCGAGAUGAUGUGUCAAGUGGAGAGUACUCCGCAGACAAUAUGUCGUCGACUCCGAGGACAACAUGUCUUGGACUCCGAGAUACCUUUAAUGGAGGGUUCCGAGGUACCUUUAGUGGACUCUGAGUUGGGUUGUGCUACCCUUUGCCAAAGAUCUCAGCGUGCUAUAAGAGCACAGAAUUGGUUGAGGUUGCAAAUUAUUGGACGGCCAAUUUUCACCAGUGCUGAGUUGAUUACUGUGGCUCUAAUAAUGAAUGCUAUGGAAACAUGCAAGGAGCAAGCUCUACUAAUAGAAAUGGGUUUUCAACAUCUAUUUCAGCCCGAAUUCUUCCGCCGUUUCCCUCCUACCGAAUGGGAAAAGGUUAUCCCUCACUCGCAUUUGCCUAAUUGA